UAGUGUGCGCCUGCCUCUGCCGCAGCAGUUUUCGGGUUGAUUUGUUUUGGUCUCUAAAUCCCCGGUCCAAGGCUUGGAGAAAGAUGACAGCGAGAAAGUCUGGAUCACGAUUAGAGACUGAAAUAGAACGUUGCCGCUCCGAAGGACAAUGGGAGAAGAUUCCAGAGCUUGUGCGACAGUUGUCUGCAAAACUCAUAUCAAACGAUGACCUGGGUGAGCUGCUCUUGGGGGAGACUAAACUUCAGCAGUACCUGAAGGAGAACCCCAUCAAGCAGGGAGCCAGCCCACGAGGCUUGAGGCCAAAGCUGGUGGAGGUCCGGAAGCACCUGACCGCCGCUUUGGACCGGGGCAACCUCAAGCCGGAUUACAUGCAGGAGGCCAGCAUGCUGAUGGCUAAGCUGUGCUACGUGGAGGGGGACUACCAGGAGGCCAUCAGUCAGUAUUCCCGAGUGGGCCUGGACGACCUGCCGCUUGUGGGCUCCCCCGUCUACCGCCUGUCCAUGAUCGCAGAGGCCUACGCCACCAAAGGUCUGUGUCUGGAAAAGAUGCCGGCGGCUUCCCCCUCCCUCUCGAACCGCAACAGCGACCGUGACCAGGACAUCAUCACCUGCUAUGAGAAAUCGGGCGACAUUGCCCUGCUCUACCUACAGGAGAUGGAGAAGGCUCUGAGUGCAGGGAUGCAGAACCGGAGCCCCAAACCAGGCCCCGUGGCCCAGGAGCAAGAGCUGGGCUACUUCUUGGAGACCGGCCUACAAAGGGCCCACGUCAUCCACUUCAAAAACGGAAAUUUGACCCGCGGUGUAGGCCGGUUCCGGGAGAUUCUCCGGGCCGUGGAAACCAGAACCACACAGAACUUGCGAAUGACCAUCGCGAGGCAGCUGGCUGAGAUCUUGCUGAGGGGGAUGUGUGAGCAGAGUUACUGGAACCCCCUGGAGGACCCCCCUCACCACUCCCCCCUCAACGACCCCCUCCGCCAGGGCUCCUACACCAAGGACUACUCCCUGAGCCGGAGGCCCCGCGUCUACUCGGGAGAAAACCUGUUUUGUCCUCAGGAAAAUACAGAAGAAGCCUUGCUCCUGCUUCUAAUUAGCGAAUCAAUGGCCAACAGAGAUGCGGUUCUGAGCAGGAUUCCCGAACACAACAACGACCGCAUCAUUAGCCUACAGAGCGCGUCGGUGGUGUAUGAUCUAUUGACCAUCGCGCUGGGUCGAAGGGGCCAGUACGAGAUGCUCUCCGAGUGUCUGGAGCGAGCCAUGAAGUUUGCCUUCGAGGAGUUCCACCUUUGGUAUCAGUUCGCCCUGUCACUGAUGGCUGCUGGAAAGUCUGCGCGCGCGGUGAAGGUCCUGAAGGAGUGCAUUCGGCUGAAGCCGGACGACCCCACCAUCCCGCUGCUCGCCGUGAAGUUGUGUAUCGGGACUCUUCACUGGCUGGAAGAAGGCGAGCGGUUCGCCAAGAUGGUGGUGGACAUGGGGGAGAAGGCGUCGGAGUUUCGGGCCAAAGGCUACCUGGCCAUCGGCCUGGUGUACAGCCUGCGCGCUACAGAUGCCUCGCUGCGGGGGAUGCAGGAGGAGUACCAGAAGAAGGCUCUGGGCGCCUUCCAGAGGGCCCAAAGCCUUUCUCCAACAGACCACCUGGCCGCUUUUUACCUGGCUCUGCAGCUGGCCGUGUCUCGACAGAUCCCGGAGGCGCUAGGCUACGUGCGUCAGGCGCUGCAGCUCCAGGGCGACGACGUUCACUCGCUGCACCUGCUGGCCCUGCUGCUCUCGGCCCAGAAACACUACCACGACGCCCUCAACAUCAUCGAGAUGGCCCUCAGCGAGUACCCGGAGAACUUCAUCCUCCUGUUCACCAAAGUGAAGCUGGAGACUCUCUGCCGGGGCCCAGAGGAGGCCCUGCUCACCUGCAAACACAUGCUGCAGAUCUGGAAGUCCUGCUACAACCUCACCAACCCCAGCGAUUCCGGGCGGGGAAGCAGCCUGCUGGACAGAGCCAUCGCGGACAGGCGGCAGCUGAACACCAUGACCCUCCCCGACUUUAGUGACCCCGAAACAGCCUCAGGCUCGUCCUCCUCCCUCUCUGGGUCCGACCAUUCCCCGCACUUUCUCGCCCCUUCUCUCCACUCUCCCCCCCCACCCAAGCCCGACCUCGCCCCGAAGCCAGGCGGCCACGCUUUCUGUGACCACGCCACUCAGCGACGACUCUCCUCCGCCAGCAACCCUCCAGAUGCUUACUUUCAUGGUUUUUACUCCAUUUUUUCAGUUUGUUCUGUCCACGCUACGUCCAUGGCCGCCUCUCGAGUGGAGCAGGCCCUGUCUGAGGUGGCCUCCUCACUGCAGAGCAGUGCCCCGAAACAAGGCCCCCUGCACCCCUGGAUGACCCUCGCCCAGAUCUGGCUCCACGCAGCGGAGGUGUACAUGGGCAUGGGCAAGCCCACGGAGGCGUCGGCCUGCACGCAGGAGGCUGCCAACCUCUUCCCCAUGUCCCACAACGUGCUCUUCAUGAAGGGCCAGGUGGCCGAGCUGCGGGGCAACAUGGACGAGGCCAAGCGCUGGUACGAGGAGGCCCUGUCCAUCAGCCCCACGCACGUCAAGACCAUGCAGAGGCUGGGCCUGAUCCUGCACCAGCUGCAGCGCUACAGCCUGGCGGAGAAGAUCCUGCGGGACGCGGUGCAGGUGAACUCCACGGCCCACGACGUGUGGAACAGCCUGGGCGAGGUGCUGCAGGCCCAGGGCAACGACGACGCCGCCACCGAGUGCUUCCUGACCGCCCUGGAGCUGGAGGCCAGCAGUCCCAUCCUGCCCUUCACCAUCAUCCCACGGGCCCUGUGAAGGCCCCACCCUUCCCCCUACGUCCCCCUAUUCUGUUUACUGGCCCCUGAGGGCGCUUGACCUUUUCACCAGUAUUCCCUGUGCCCCCGUGACUGUCCCUCAGGGAAGCGCUGCCCUCCUGCCUGCUCCUCGUGAUUACCCCCCCCUCCCUCCUCCUCCCCCGGCCCUGUGUCAGGGCUCUGGGGAAGCCCGUCCUCUGUAUCUCCACUGUAAUGCUGUGUUACUGUCACCUCCACCCCUCCAAAUCUCCCAGACGCGCCAGAGGGGGAAGAAAACGCGCACAAAGGCAACGUUUCUGGCGUAAGCUAACCACUCCGACCCUCGCCCUGUGCCCUGUGCCCUGUGUUCAUGUGCCAUCUCGUCGCUGUGGUCGUGUCCUCCUACGUGCAGAAAUUGUGACAUGAAGCUGGAAUGGUUCUCUCGCUAGCGAUGACGUGUACAUGACGGUGUGUGAAGCGGUCUGUGCCAAACCAAACCUUGAGCUGUCGAUCGCUGUGUAUGUGAUUACAUUUAUUUGGUUCAUAUAUAAUUGAACUGUGUAGAUACCCAAAUUGUCUGUAUGGUAAGUCCUUGCAUUCCAUUUUUCUUUUACUGUGAGUGUCCGUUGUUUAUAGUUUAAUCAGUGGAACAAAGGGAGGGAGGAUGAGCCACAAAAUCCUGGAGAAGUUCUGUUAUAUCUCUGUUAGGGAGGGGCAAAGAUGGAGAAAUGUUACUAGUUACUGGCUGGAGUUCACCUGUACCGCAGUAGGGUUAUUAAAAUGUGGGUAAAAUUGAGUAUAAGUAUGUAAAAUUGUAUGGCGUAUCAGAGUGUCCCAGAUCAUGAAGGGAGCAGGUGGUUGAACCACCACGUGGCCAACAUGCACGCGUCUGUAGAAGUAAACCAUAUAGCACAAGAGGAGAGAACAACCGCUGCUCUUUCUCAGCCAUAGCUGAGCUGGAGCAGCAGAACUGAAAGUGGCUGAUGAGCCGUCGGUAUAUGCUGGUGUGUGUGUGUGUGUGUGUGUGUGUGUGAGUGUAAUUAUGUUUGUGUGUGUGUGUGUGUGUCAGUCAGUCAGUCAGUGAAAGUGAGUGUGUGUGUGUGUGUGUGUGUGUGUGAGAGUGAGUAUGAUUGUGUGUGUGUGUGUGUGUGUGUCAGUCAGUCAGUCAGUGAGAGAGUGUGUGUGUGUGUGUGUCAGUCAGUCAGUCAGUGAGAGUGAGUGUGUGUGUGUGUGUGUGUGUGCGUGUGCGUGUGCGUGUGCGUGUGCGUGUGCGUGUGCGUGUGCGUGUGCGUGUGCGUGUGCGUGUGCGUGAGAGUGUGAGUAUGAUUGUCUGUGUGAGUGUGUGAGUGAGCGAGCGAGGUAUAAUCACUCCCCUAGUUUUGUACCAGCACAUUACUUCUUGCUGUUAAAGUCGGUUAUGGUGACUCUUUUUUUUACUUGACCAAGAGUGUUUGUUUGUCUGUGUGCGUGCGUGGGUGCGCAUGUGUAAAUGCAUGUGUGUGCGUGAGUUUGUGAGUACCACUGUAUGUGUCAGGGUCCGACUACGUGUUUUGUGCCACCAGUAUAUUUGUUUAGAACGAUAUUAGCCUCACACUAGGUGACUUGAAAAAUGUAUUUUGUGUGUGAAACUGCACUACACAGCAUUUACAUUUGUAUAUUUUGUUAAUGUCCUGCUUUAGCAAAAUGUACAUUCUUCCGUAUAUAUAUAUCUCACUUUACAAAAUGUGCAUCCGUAUAUAUAUCUCACUUUACUGUAACUUAGUUCUAUUUUAUUUUAUUUUUUUGUCAUUGCCAUUGUUUUUCUCUGGACAUAAUGCAGAUUUAAACCUUGGAACAGGGGUGAUGCCAUGUUCGAUAUUGAGUUAACUUGGUUCAACAGAGAAAUCGUGCAUACAAUUUUAUAUAUGAACGUUUUAAUGAAAGAAAAUAAUUCGCUCUCAAAAGUAAAUGCCAAAAAUUAUGAUCCUUAAACCUAUAUUGUUUCUGUUCAAGCAAAGAUUGUGAUUUUUUUUUUUUCAUAUUAUUUUGGACGUGAGUUUUGUGAUAAUUGCAGAUUAUUAUUUCAAAUUGAUUAUUAGAUGUAUGUUAUUUUAGUAAAUUAUAUUUUACAGUGGAUUAUGUUACUGAGACGUUCUAGAGCUACGAUCGUUAUAUUUUGUCAUGGAGUAGUUCUUACUUGAAUUAAAAAUAAAUGAAUCCCGUUAAAUGGUGUGGUUACAGAGGAUAGGAUAUUAUUGCAGCUGGGUAAUUGGCUGUUAGCUUUGUUCAUAGAUUUGUGGAUCUGCACACCAUGUAGUAUCCUUGCUCUGCCUUUGAAUUGUCAGUAUGCCAAGGCAUCCAUUGCAUUUUUAUGUGUUCAUGCAACAGAGAUGAAAUGGAGACCCGUACAGUCGAUUCAGCACAGAUCUGUUACUAUCCCACUGGAGAAUGUAUUCUGAUGUCAAUAAAAAGUGAUUGGAAUAGA